ACGCUGGCUUGGGCUAAGCCAAGAGAUGAGAACCAGCGGAGGUACCAGCACAACCGGCGAUUGGAACUUCACAAAAGUGUCCAACGAGGCUCCCGCUUGGGACUUGUACGAUUCAGUGGCUGUGGUCUGUCUUACCCACCCCAUACCCCAGAGAUGGAUGAGCUCGGGCUUUGGGAAGACGCCUAUGAGGCGCUUGUCGCUCGCAUUGAUCAGAUCAGCUUGGGGUUCAAGGCGAUCACUCGAUCUCCAUACGUGCGUGCAUCAUGCAUGCUGAACAGGCUUUGCAAUCGUGGGAGCAACGAUAUAGUGUCGAAGCUCAGAGUACAUUCGCGAACUCAAUGCUGCGCAACGGCGUAUCAUCUGGACGAUGGAGGCAAUUCCUGACACUUAUGGCAGCCAGAGAUACCAACCAGACUGAGAGACCAGUGCGUGGAACGGUCAAGGCCUGUUGGAACUUCUGGUUGAGCUGGAGAGGUGGACGCAUCGUGCAGCAGAGGUUGAAUGUCCAUGAGAAGAAGUGAGUGGUGACCCGAAGACACUCAAUGUUGGCCUGAGUGUGGCACAUGUACGUCACAGCUUGCGCGCGCAAGCAUUAUGAACAAGGACUUCUGUCCCAAAUCGAUUAUUGCAAAUAUC